UUAAAAAUAAAAAAAAAAUUAUUUUUACUGCAAUACAAAUGGCCUUAGAGGAUCGCUGCAGUCCACAAUCAGCACCGAGUCCACCAGGUUUACCGCAGUCCCCACAUUAUCAAACCGGCGCUACAAUACUUGAUAUGAGCUUGCAUCAACCCGUUACACAGAGUCCAACACAUACAACCAACAUGUUACCACAUCCCGCCGCAAGCCUUUAUCAACAACAACAACUACAACAUUUGCAUCACCUACAACAAUUACAACAACUACAUCAACAACAAUUGGCAAAUGUUGCAGGCGUAGCCUUUCAACAUCCAGGCUUCGAAGCGGCUAACCAUGCGGCAGCGUUACAACAACGUCUUGCCGCUUCACCUGGCGGUCAUUCAGCAGCUUCCACACCCACCUCAACUGUUACAAUCAAAGAAGAAGAAAGUGAUUCCAUAAUGGGUGACAGCUUUAAUGGUGAACAUGAACAUAUGUUAAAUACCGCCGGCACUGCAACCGAAGAUGAGGAUGAUGACAUUGAUGUGGAUGAUGUUGAUGAUAUGCAUACAAAUGCCAACGCUGCUCGACUACCACCGCCGGCACAUCAACAAUCCGUGAAACCAACUUUGGCUUUCUCGAUUUCCAAUAUUUUAAGUGAUCGUUUUGGCGGCACUGAGGGUGCCAAAUUGUUGCCAAAACAGACGAAUCUCAACAGUUCGAGUAUCUUUCGACCCUUUGAAGCUGCACGCGCCGCUACAGCUACACCUUCCGCCUUUACACGUGUCGAUCUAUUGGAAUUUAGUCGACAGCAGCAAGCAGCAGCUGCUGCUGCCACCGCAGCUAUGAUGAUUGAACGUGCUAAUUUCUUGAAUUGCUUUAAUCCUGCUGCCUAUCCUCGCAUACAUGAAGAAAUUGUGAAUAGUCGUAUGCGUCGUAACGGUGUCAUUCCUCCAAACAGCGGUAAGAAUAUUGAGCCAAAUAUGGAGAAAUCAGCUUUGGGUUCACUUUGUAAGGCCGUCUCACAAAUUGGUCAAUCUGUGCCCACUCCAGCUACAUCUGCAAAUUCCAAUGCAUCCGCUGCUACAACAUGUAUAUCCAGUCCGCCACCUGCAUCGAAUGCUUCAACUAUCUCAACUGCUUCAUCAAGUACUUCCGCUGUUAGUUCCUUGAACUCAUCGCCUACAAGUCGUUUGCCAAGCAAAAGUAGCAGUCCACAACCUAUACCGCCGCCAUCGGCUGUUAGUCGAGAUUCUGGGAUGGAGUCAUCAGAUGACACACGCUCCGAGACUGGCUCGACUACAACAGAAGGUGGCAAAAAUGAAAUGUGGCCAGCGUGGGUGUACUGCACGCGUUACAGUGAUCGGCCAAGUUCUGCCAAUAUAAUUAUGUUAAAUAUGCUUGAAUAA